CACCAUUUGCCACUGGGUUUUGCAGCCUGCCGGUUGCCUCAGUCCAGGCUAGGAGCUGGCAAUCUCCUUUGUAGUUUCAGGAGCAGUUUUGUUGCCAUGGAGGCCACAAUCUGAUUUGAGGAACGUAAAGGUAAUCCUUUGCUUUUACUUCCAAAGAUCUGCCCCAAAGAUAGGCUGUUGCUCUUCUUCUGGAAAACCCUGAUUGGUAGCUUUCCUCCAAGCGCUCAGUCUGAAGUGCUUUAUCUAUCUCCUCACCAACUUCAAAAACUCAAGCUCUCCCGGGGCCUCUGGAAGGGAGCCUGUGGCUUCCACCGAUUUCCCACAAAUGGCUGAUCCUGGAGGUGGUGCUGUUUGCAAUGGGACGCUUCAUAAUCAGAGUGCCGCCGACUGUCACGGGGGAAACUGCUGGAAGAACGGGGUGGUGAAAGAAUCCCAGCAAAACGGAAAUUCAAAUUUUUACAAGCCGUUUGUGGAAUCCUUUGAGGAAGCACCUCUUCAUGUUAUGGUUUUCACUUACUUGGGUUAUGGAAUUGGAACGCUGUUUGGCUAUCUCAGGGACUUUCUGAGGAACUCAGGAAUAGAAAAAUGCAAUGCAGCCGUGGAGAGAGAAGAACAAAAGGAUUUUGUGCCACUGUAUCAAAACUUUGAGAAUUUUUAUACACGGAACCUUUAUAUGAGAAUCAGAGACAACUGGAACCGGCCCAUCUGCAGUGCCCCGGGAGCUGUGUUCGAUGUGAUGGAAAGGGUGACAGAUGACUACAACUGGACAUUUAGGUUUACUGGAAGAAUCAUCAAAGAUGUCAUCAAUAUGGGGUCCUAUAACUUCCUUGGCCUGGCAGCCAAGUACGAUGAAUCCAUGAGGACAGUAAAGGAGGUUAUAGAGACAUAUGGCCUAGGCGUGGGCAGCACCAGACAGGAAAUGGGAACCUUGGAUAAGCAUAAAGAGCUGGAGGAUCUUGUGGCUAAGUUCCUGAACGUGGAAGCCGCUAUGGUGUUUGGGAUGGGAUUUGCAACAAACUCAAUGAAUAUCCCUGCACUCGUUGGAAAGGGAUGCCUCAUUUUAAGCGACGAGUUAAACCACGCAUCCCUAGUGCUGGGGGCCCGACUCUCAGGCGCGACCAUAAGGAUCUUCAAACACAACAACAUGCAGAGCCUAGAGAAGCUUCUGAGAGAUGCAGUCAUCUACGGCCAGCCUCGAACCCGCAGAGCUUGGAGAAAGAUUCUCAUCCUAGUGGAGGGCAUCUACAGCAUGGAAGGUUCCAUCGUGCAUCUGCCCGAUAUCGUGGCUCUGAAGAAGAAAUAUAAAGCUUAUCUCUACAUAGAUGAAGCUCACAGUAUUGGGUCCGUGGGCCCCACCGGCCGGGGUGUGGUGGAGUUCUUUGGACUAGACCCCAGAGAUAUUGAUGUAUGUAUGGGCACGUUCACCAAAAGCUUUGGAGCCGCGGGAGGUUACAUAGCUGGAAGGAAGGGCCUUGUGGAUUAUUUACGGACUCACUCCCAUAGCGCUGCUUAUGCCACAUCCAUGAGCCCCCCGGUAGCAGAGCAAAUCAUCAGAGUAAUGAAACUCAUCAUGGGACUAGAUGGGACCACAGAAGGGCUGCAGAGAGUACAGCAACUGGCAAAAAAUACAAGAUACUUCAGACAGAGACUAAGCAAAAUGGGAUUCAUUGUGUAUGGCAACGAAGAGUCUCCCGUUGUCCCCCUGCUCCUUUACAUGCCUGCAAAAGUAGCGGCUUUUGCAAGGCAUCUAUUAGACAGAAAAAUCGGUGUGGUGGUCGUUGGAUUUCCAGCUACGCCCCUUGCAGAAGCGCGGGCUCGGUUUUGUGUUUCAGCAGCACACACCCGGGAGAUGCUGGACACGGUUUUGGAAGCCCUGGAUGAGAUGGGUGACCUCCUGGAUGUGAAAUACUCCCGGAACAGGAAGUCAGCACGCCCGGAACUCUAUGAUGAGAUGAGCUUUGAACUUGAGGAUUGAGUUUCCUGGACCUGAAUGGACCCUAAAGACUUGGCCAGGAAGACCUCCUUCUUUGUCUCACAAGGAAUAUAAAUGGAUUUCUCCUCCUUUCUAAGGACAGUUUUGGUUUCCAAAACAAUUUCAUUGAACCAAGGGAGACACAGUCGUUGUGUUUUUAAUGUCUCUGUAGAGACAUUAACGUUCUCCUCCCCCAAGCAUCCUGCCACAAACACACACACACCACACACACAUUUCUUAGAAUAUUUGUAAUGGCAAAGAGCCUGCGUUUUAGCUGCUACUGUGCAGCCUCUUCGGUCCAGGCCCUUUUAGGAAUUCCAGCCAAAUGAGAGGGUUUUGAUUUUUACUUCAGUAGAUCUCACUACGGGUUUGCUAAUUUUCUCUGCAGAUGGGGGCAAGGGAGGUGGGCAGUAGCUGGACUCCUUCUUACCCAUGAAAGAACCAGCUAGAACUCAUCCAUAUCAUAGGAAGUUCCAGGUGGGAGGGUAAACAAAUGUUGCCUCUACCAUUUGUCACAUUUGGACUUUUUCCAAGGACAAGUGUCAGAAGCCAUAUUGAGUGUUUGAAGGGAGAGCGCAGACCUGGCCAGCAAGACCAAAGACGUCUUUACAGGAAACUUUCCUUUUCCUGUUCCUGGUUUCCUACAGUUUUAUAGCUGAGCUUUUGAGGUUUGGAAAAUUCAAGACUUUUGUUUCAUCAGGAAGAGGGAAGAAAGCAAGCAAGCCAAUUGUAGGCCUAGACUAAACUGAUAAAGGUGUGAUGGUGUGAGUGUCCUUGGUGCCUUGUGGACUGAAUGUUUCGCAUCGCUUUUACUACACUGAGAAACGAGCUGUCCUUUUCCUACUGAGUGUGGAGGACAUGGGGAAAUUCAAGUUCCUUUAGAGCUGACUUCUAAGACUACACUUGAAGAACGGAUCGGUUCAAAAGUGACAUUUAAAAGUAAAUGCUAUUCAGCUUUUCAGUUCUGACCCCUCCAUUCAGACCUAUUAAACAGUACUGUCCUCUGGCAUAAGCACUCCACUUUGGUGCUAAGUGGGCUUUACUUGAGUUGCCUCUGUCUCUCUGUCUCUGUCUGUCUCUAUACAUCUGCCUGUCUGUCUGUCUCUCCCUCUCUAAAUGUGAACACACACUUCUCUGCAAAAGUAGCCCUUUGCUAAUUGAAUCUAGUCGGUAUGGAAAAAAGCCAGUAGAAAACCUUAUCUUUAACAAGCCCCCCAGAUGGUGCCCAGAUUGGGAAACUCUUAAAAAGCAGUGGUGACCUUUUACCAAAGCUUCUGUAAUAGUUCAAAUGAGUUACAGAACAUUCCACUCCAUCAAAUGACACUCUAAACAAAUCACUUCAAGAGAGGUUUGACUUCACAUGACACAGAUGGACGCGGCUCUCAUCCUGUGUGCUGGAGCAGAAACCCCACCCACAGCCCCCCGUGUUCUGGCGGCCCGGAUGCUCACAGCUUUUUAAAGGAUAAAGGCGAUCAGUGUGGAAAGCUUUUUAUGGGGGAAACUAUUAGCCUAAUAGGUACAUCAGCUAAAAACUGGAUCCCAUGAUCAAGGUCCCCCUGAAUUUUUGUAAGGAGUCCUAUAAGCAGAAGAGGACAGGAAGUGGGUCCUGAAAAUGCAGUUGCUCCAUCCAAUGGCUGAUUUUGAUAACUAAAUUCCAACAGAGACUAAAUUUCAACUCAGUGAACCAGUGCAGCAUUCCUUGUGCAAAGAAAAUAUACAUUGUAUACAUGUGCCAAGAAAAGGAAGGCACAGAGGUCUUUUCUCUUGAAAACGUAUGUUUAAAUGAAGUUGAUCUUAGUUAAUUGUCCAAAAUGAAUCUUCAUCAAGAUGCCAGAGUGCUGAGUCAUUGAUUACAUUCUCCAACAUGAGAUCAAGAACCUAGCUCUGUCAGACAGUCUGUACUGAAUAUGAACUUAUGAGAACAACUGUAAUCCAAAUGGAAUGUUUCCUGAGCACAUUAGAGGGAUUCAGGCCCCAGAGGGUUAAUGAUAUAAGGAUAUAUGUUUUAUAGAGUGAGACUGGUUAAGAGGGUACUUGUGAGAAUUUUUCAUUUUUAUAAGAAAAAAUCUACUGCUAAGUUAAUAAAAGUGUGAUUUCAAUUCAAUAGGUAUUAUUGGAUCUUUACAGCUAUACCAGAGCCAAAAAUGUCCCUUUGGUUGGCUCUGUUUGGAAAGAUAAUUUCCUAAAAGAACUGUAAUGUCUUACACCCCCAACCCUCCCAACUGUGAAGAAUGCAUGUGCGCAUGCACACACACAUACAAGCACAUUUUCCCCUUUAUUUACAGAGCAAGAAUUUAAAGAUUCAGAGAUGAGAAUCUGGCUGACUAAUAAAUAGAUGGAAGAUGCUAUUUCUAAAAAUGACCUUCAGGCAAGCAAAAGAGGAAGGAUCCAGACUGAUAUUUGUAAGGAGGGUAUAUUUGCAUAAUAGCAAAAUGGCAUAGACACCUUCCUAAUCUUACGGAAUGCAAUAUCCUGUUGUUGACUAUCUUGCCUUUUAGCAUGCUUUGGUUUGACAGAGACUAUGGGCUUCAGAAUGUACUAGUAAGCUUAUUAAAAUAAAGAUUCCUGGGCCCCAAACCAGACUUCCACUGAAUUAAAACAGCUCCUGUGCCCAGGAAUCUUGCUUUUCAGCCUGCCUUCCCAGGGGAUUGUCAACCAGGUCAUAAUUUGAGAACCAGGGCUUCCCUGGUGGCUCAGCUGAUAAAGAAUUCACCUGCAAUGUGGGAGACCUGGGUUCAAUCCCUGGGUUGGGAAGAUCCCCUGGAGAAGAGAAAGGCUACCCACUCCAGUAUUCUGACCAGGAGAAUUCCAUUGACUAUAUAGUCCAUGGGGUCACAAAAAGUCCGACAGGACUGAGCGACUUUCACUUUCAUUGGGACUGGUAACUCUAGUAACUUCCCAGGAACUUUGUUCUGAUUCUCUGUUGGUGAUUAAGAGUGUUUAUAUUGUUAAAGUAAAUUAAUUAUUCUAAACUUUUCACCCCAAUGCAACAUUUUGUUCCCAUUUCAAGGUACCUUCUCUUUCCCCAAAAAUGAACCCAGUGUUGAAGAAUAACCUGCCAUUCAUUUGAACAGAAGUAUCUCUUCUCUAGCUCUCCUUUGUCUCCUUUGUGUCAUUUCUUACAAGAUGUUCCUUUUUCUUUUCAUGACUUUGUUCCAUUGAUUGUGGUAUCUUGUUUCAUUUUUUUCUUCCCACCCCCUGAAAAAAAUCUUCGACUUCUGAUCAUUUAUUUAUUCCAACAGUAGCUCUCAAGCCAGGUGAAAGUCUAUUAAAUAGUGUCCAAACAUGCAAUGCUCCUCGGUGUUUGUCUUCAGAGAUAACAAAUAUUAUAAAUGAGUUACUCUGACUGAGGAAACCUUGGCUCUCUUAAAUAUAGGAUUUGAUUUAUGGCAACAAUAACAACUGUAAUUUGAAUUUAUCAUACUUCCUUGGCAGUUUUUUCCCAGUUUCACUAAGAACAAUAUAUUUGAAGUCUUUUUUCUCAGGAUGCUGUAUGGAGCUGUGUAACAUUUAAGAAAUUAAAAGGAGACUGUAUUUUAAA